CGCUAUGCAAAAAAAUAAGAUGAGACAACUUGGGCACUAAAAGAAAAUUGGUGUUGGGAAGGAGCAGCCUUGCGCUGGACAGUUUCGCUUCAUUUCCCUGCCUCCCAGGAGAAUAAGCCAGACAGAGCGGUCAUCAUUCAUUUCAAGAGAUACUGCAGCAACUGACGGCAAUGGAGCGGUCUCAUCUGAACAACAGCUCUGGCUCUUGGUUAUUAGAGGAUCCCAUCUGUCCAACCUCCCUCAGCAGCACCACUUUCCUCAUCGUAGCAUACAGCACCAUGUUAGCAGUGGGCCUGGUGGGCAACACUUGCCUGGUUUUAGUCAUCACACGACAAAAGGAGAUGCGCAAUGUGACUAACAUCUUCAUCGUCAAUCUCUCAUGCUCUGAUAUCCUUGUUUGCUUGGUGUGUUUACCGGUCACCAUUAUCUACACCCUUAUGGAUCGAUGGAUUUUGGGCGAGGCUUUGUGUAAGGUGACACCAUUCGUUCAGUGUAUGUCCGUAACGGUUUCGAUUUUCUCCAUGGUUCUCAUUGCCUUGGAAAGGCACCAGCUCAUCAUCCAUCCCACCGGUUGGAAACCAGUCGUCAGACACUCCUACCUGGCUGUCGCGGUUAUCUGGAUCGUAGCAUGUUUUAUCUCCCUUCCGUUCCUUUCGUUCAACAUCCUCACAAACUCACCCUUCCACAACCUCAGUCUUCCCUUCAACCCCUUCAGCGAUCACUUCAUCUGCAUUGAACAAUGGCCAUCUGAGGGGAAUCGGCUCACUUAUACCACAACGCUGCUGCUGUGCCAGUACUGCUUACCAUUGGCGCUCAUUCUCGUCUGUUAUUUCCGCAUAUUUUUGCGUCUGAGUCGCCGUAAAGACAUAGUCGAAAGGGCUCGAGGUGGGCGGCAGAAGAAGAUCAAAGGCUCAAAGCGAGUCAACGCCAUGCUAGCCUCGAUUGUAGCAGCGUUCGCCCUCUGUUGGCUGCCACUGAAUGUUUUCAACACGAUUUUUGACUGGAACCACGAAGCAAUUCCCGUCUGCCAGCACGACACCAUUUUCUCGGCUUUUCACCUCACCGCCAUGGCGUCGACCUGUGUGAACCCAGUGAUCUAUGGGUUCCUAAACAAUAACUUCCAGAAGGAGCUGAAAUUGUUGCUUUCCAGGUGCCACUGCUGGGGGCCGCCCGAGAGUUAUGAGAGUUUUCCUUUGUCCACUGUCAGUACAGGCAUUACUAAAGGGUCUAUCCUGAGCAAUGGCUCUGCUAGCACCUAUCAACCACACAAGAAACACGGUUUGGAACAGAAAGAGACCAUUUAA